ACGUACCACACGAACACGGAUCUCGUUCCACUUGUUCUGCUUUUCUGGGACUGUGCUGACCUAUUUACAUUGCUGCAAUGACCAUAUGUUGGCACCACUUGAGCAUUUUUUUCAGAUCCUGUUUACGAACAAAGCUAAAACGGUUCAAAAUAAAACAGACAAAGUUUGGAAUAAACCAAUGGUUAACGAGAACGAUAAGAGAUGCUUAGAUAUAGUAUGCACCUUUUUGUGUGGUACGUCUGACUCAUCACGAAAGAGAAAAACAAGACCAACGCCCUGUUUGUUUCAUAUAAAUACGCAAGGGUAAAACAUAUUCGAAAUCUAGCCACUGUGUGCCAGCUCAAUCUCAACCAAGACAAUCAAAAUGUAUUUCCUUGUCGUUCUUCCCUUGCUCGUUGCCACCGUGUUGGCCGCUCCUGCCAUUCCCGCUACGCCUUGUCUGACGCAUCCAGCUCCAGUUGCUUAUGGUGUUGCGCCUGUGCCUUACGUCGCACCUGCUCCUAUUCAGGUUGAAGUGCAACCCCAGAUCCAGUACGACUUUUCAGCUCCCGUCGCUUUUGCUGCCCCAGCUCCAGUCGCUUACGUUGCUGCUCCCGCACCCGUUGAGAUUAUUAAGAAAACCAUCGAGUAUGACUUCCCUGCUCCCAUCUCCGCUCCUGCCCCAGCUCCAGUCGUUUACGCCAUUCCAGCACCAGUCCAGGUUGCAGCUCCAGCUCCAGUUCACGUUUUCCCUCACGCCUUUGAGACACGCGUCCACUACGCCGAGACUCCCGUUGUCGUCGGACAAACUGCCCGCAUCAUGAAACCCAACUUGGGAGCUGAGGCCCAUAUCACCAACUUUGACUUUAUGGGACUCGCUCAGACCAAAGGUGCUUCCCAGGAAUCCUACGUCCAGAAAUCGAAAGUCCUGGCCCCGGCACGCAGCGUCUCCGAGAUCACUCCGCAGGUGACUGUCCAGCACCCGACCAACGUGCAGAAGGUCGCUGCUGAGGUGCUCGUGGCCGCUCCCUACGCCCAGCCCUACCCCGUUCCAGUUGCUCCCCAAUACGAAAUCCAUUAA